CCCCAAAGAAGUGGUUGAACGCGUGGUCCGAGGGGAACGUGUCCUUUAACGGACUCUGAAGGUCUCCGCUCGCCGGCUGAAUGAAUGGACAUUUGACAGACGCAGCCAUCCCGCUUGGAGUGUCUCGGAGGCGGGCAGCUGAUGUGUCGAGACUGACAGCUGGUUUCUACCAUGGAUCAAAUGCUGAAGACUGUCGUCUUCCUGUAUAUGGCAGAGUCCGCCUUCGCCAAGGAACCCAUCCCACCUGCCGUCAACAUAGCUGUUCUACUCGGGGGCUCCUGGUACCACAUGGAAAACAAGGGUAGCUUCAAUGGAGAUAUCUUCCAAGACUUGCCUGUACAAAUCAACACUAUCACAAUAAUAUUGAACAACACUAAUCCCAGCAGCCUAAUCUCAAACAUCUGUGAGGUGCUGCCCAAAUCCAGGAUCCAUGCCAUCAUCUUCGAAGACGUCAUUGAAUCUGAGGCUGUGACAUUAAUUCUGGACUUCAUCUCUGCUCACAUGUCAGUGCCAAUCAUAGGGAUGAACAGAGGCUCUGCUCUUGUGCUGACUCCAAAGGCCCAUCGCUCUGCAUUCCUCCAGCUGGGGGCUUCCAUGGAACAUCAAAUUGGGGUCAUUUUCAAAGUAAUGGAAGAGUAUGACUGGGGGAGAUUUGCCAUCAUCACCAGCUUCUUCCCUGGAUACUUGGAGUUUCUGGAUCAGAUUAGGGUUCUUGUUGAUAGCAGCAAUUUUGAAUGGGAAAUUCUCCAGACUCUUACUCUUGACAUGACUCGAGAUGGCAACAAUUCCAAAACGAAAUGGCUUCUCCAGCAGAUUGAUGCACAAGUUUUGAUUCUGUAUUGCUCGAGACAGGAAGCUGAGUACCUUUUUGAAAUGGCUGACCAGGCUGAUCUCCUAGGCCCAACCUAUGUUUGGAUAGUCUCCAGUAUUGCUGUUGGCAACCCCGAACAGGUUGCAAAACAAUUCCCUGUGGGUUUAAUCAGUGUGAUGACGGAGCGAUGGAAGAUGAGCUUACGGCAAAGGGUGCUGGAUGGCAUUGCAAUCAUCGCAAAAAGUGCAGAGAACUUUUACAAUGCAUAUGGAUAUAUUCCCGAAGCAAGUGGUGACUGCAUGAAUCCAAUUCAAGGGGACACAGAAAACAUAUUGUACAGGCCCAUGUCGAAUAUUAGCUGGGGAGGUAAAGAAUUCUCUUUCAAUGAGGAUGGAUAUUUGGUGAGACCACCGAUGGUUGUGUUGAAGUUGAACAGUGGCAGGUUUUGGGAACGGGUUGGGAAUUGGAAGGAUGGGUUGAUAAGAAUGAAAUAUCCAGUGUGGCCCAGGUACACGGCAUUUCAGGAGCCUUUUUUCGACAGUGAUCAUCUAACUGUUGCCACAUUAGAGGAGAGACCAUUUGUGAUUGUGGAGGAAGUGGAUUCUGAAAAUGGAGCCUGUGUGCGGAAUACAGUUCCCUGCCGGAAGCAAGCAAACCUCAGUGACAGCAUUGCUGAUGGAUACACCAAGUUGUGUUGUAAAGGAUUCUGCAUUGAUAUCCUGAAGAAACUCGCCAAGACAGUCAAGUUUUCCUAUGACCUUUACCUCGUGACAAAUGGAAAGCAUGGGAAGAUUGUACAUGGAACGUGGAAUGGAAUGAUUGGAGAGGUCUACUACCAGCGAGCAGACAUGGCCAUCGGCUCCCUCACCAUAAAUGAAGAGCGUUCUGCGAUCGUCAGCUUUUCUGUUCCAUUUGUGGAGACUGGGAUUAGUGUGAUGGUCGCUCGGAGCAAUGGGACAGUCUCCCCUUCGGCUUUCCUUGAACCUUACAGCCCUGCAGUGUGGAUAAUGAUGUUUGUGAUGUGCCUGAUGGUCGUUGCUCUCACUGUGUGUGUGUUCGAGUAUUACAGCCCUGUUGGAUACAACCGCAACCUUCAGAGUGGCAAGAUCACAGGGGGCCCAACAUUUACCAUCGGCAAAUCGGUGUGGCUUCUCUGGGCAUUGGUCUUCAACAACUCUGUUCCUAUUGAAAAUCCUAAAGGCACAACCAGCAAAAUCAUGGUCUUAAUCUGGGCCUUCUUCGCUGUCAUUUUCCUGGCGAGUUACACAGCAAACCUGGCAGCGUUCAUGAUCCAAGAGCAGUUUAUCGACACGGUCUCGGGUCUCAGCGACAGAAAGUUUCAGAAACCCCAGGAUCAAUACCCAGCGUUCAGAUUUGGCACGGUCCCCAACGGCAGCACUGAGAGGAAUAUCAAAAACAACUACCCAAACAUGUAUCCCUAUAUGACCAGAUACAACCAGCGCUCCGUGGAAGAUGCUCUGGACAACUUGAAAUCAGGGAAGCUUGAUGCUUUUAUUUACGAUGCAGCUGUUCUCAAUUACAUGGCUGGGAAGGAUGAAGGCUGCAAGCUGGUGACCAUUGGAAGUGGGAAAGUAUUUGCCACCACUGGUUAUGGGAUCGCUCUGCAAAAAAAUUCUAAAUGGAAGCGGGCCAUCGAUCUGGCCCUGCUACAGUUCCUGGGUGAUGGUGAUAUACACAGGCUACACAUUGUCUGGCUGACAGGGAUCUGUGAGAAGGAGAAGAAUGAAGCGAUGAGCAGCAAACUGGAUAUCGAUAACAUGGCUGGUGUGUUCUACAUGCUGCUCGUGGCCAUGGGCCUCAGCCUGCUCGUCUUUGCCUGGGAGCAUUUGGUGUACUGGAAGCUGAGGCACCUCGUGAAGGAAGCCGGCAAAACGGAUUGUCUGUUGGCUGUCAGCAGGGGUGUUUACAGCUGUUUCAGUGGUGUCCAUGUGGUCCCCAGCCCACUUCACAUUGCAUCUCCCAUCAUUUCUUCCAACUUCUCCCAAGCUGACAUGUUGAAGAUGCUGCAAGCGGCCAAAGACUUGGCUUCGGCCACAAACAGUGGAAGUGCCGCAGAGAUCGGUACAGUGGCAACGGAUCCUGGGGCACCUGCAGGCAAUAACAUUUCCAGUUACCUUCCUAAAGGCCCAUCGCAGAAUAUCAAAGGUGCAUACGUCACCGACAGCAGACUGGCUGCCAGGGGACAAUCAGCCCGCACCCCCUCGGUGCCAAGACAUCGAACAUUUGUUUUACCCCCACUCACUGCUGUCAGGACACGUCCCGUGCAGGAGACGGGCUGGCCAGAUCAAGCAGUUAUUAAAUACAAACGCAGGGCAAGCAGCAAUCAACUUAUCCCACAUCCUAGUCUUCCUCGUCAACUCCCUGCGCUUUCCCAAUACGGCAAGGAAUUUGAUGAGGGAAAGAACCCUAAUAUCCCAUUUAUUUACAGUCAUGAAUAUUUACAGAAUAUCUACAAUAGAAAAUAUUUCAGGAGGAGACUUCCCUUGCCUGGCAGGAGGUUACCCCACCCAGCAGGAAGUGUGGGCGUUCAGAGUGGGCCAGAUAUGGUGCCUGCCCAAAUACCUUGCGUUGGAAUGGAUGAGAGAUGGCUUGCAAGAAAUCUUCGCCCUUCAAUGUCGUAUCCCAAGCAGCGAGACCACAGCUCCUGCAGCAGGUGUUACCCUGGGCUACAGCCAGAGAGAUUACCCCCGCAGACCAGGCGAUCGUCAUAUAUUAGAGCAACAAAAGACGCGGAGGAAACCACAAGACUUCAGGUCAAAUUAGGAAACUUUAAGUCAAGAUCACAAGGAGAAAUUGCUGGCUUAUUCCACAGCUGUGACAGUGAGGGGCUGGAACCCACUGGGAAAGCUCCCAAGGUGAGGGAAGGAUUCCCAGGCCACAGGGAAAUGCACUCAGCACACAGUUCACCCAGGAAGCUCAAGCACUCGCUGUCUGCUAGGCUCCCCUCCUACAAAGAGGCCUGCCUGCAAAGCUCAGUGAGCCUGAGAUGUGCCUCCCUUGCGCUGCAGCACCAUUCAUGGCCCAGGCCCUCACUGUACGUCUGGCAGCAAAGGUGGGGCUCGCAACAUCACAGCUGGUUGACUGAGCCUGGCCAUUGGUCCUGUGACAGAGGCGUUCGCAUGAAGUAUUUGGAAAAAAAGGCUAUGCACCAGGACAGCGCUCUGAGACAGCCCGUAGGCAAGACCUUCCAUCUUGGAACACGGGCCAAGGGCAGCCUUCAGCUGGAGUCUAGGAGAGCAGGCGACAAUUCCCCUCGUUUGAGAAAAUGUGCAAGGAAUUUAAGCUUGGAAUCGGAGGUAUAGGAACCAGUGACGUUUAAAUCAAAUCACCAGGAGGGAAACGUUCCUUCCAGUCAGAGACCCACUUCUUUGUUCAAUUAGUUUAAAUGACAACCCUCAAGGAUCAGAGUGCAGUUUAAUCAGCAAUGCAUGAACAUGGGUUGAAAUUGUACCUUUUCCCCACCUCGCUCCAUUCCAUCACCUGUCCCACUUGCCCAUAACUCCAUGGAGUAAAAAGCUGUCAGCUCGCAGAAGGAACAUGAGAGCAAAGGAGUGAAUUCAGGAAAGUGUGAAGACAUCGACCAUACUCAGGACUGUGGCACUUUUAAGACACAAGGCUUUGCCAUGAAACAAAGCAUCCAGUUUUUUUUAAUCUGUUAAAUGUAGUGUGUUUCCAUGUGAACUGAACUUUUCUUGCCUUCAACUGAUUAGCAACCACUAAGCUUUAAGAACUGCUCGAAUCAGCCGUUGAGUGGUACACUAAUCUGCAGAACUAACCUCAACCACAAAAUCAGUGUGAGAGUCAGCUCUGCUGGAGAAGCUCAGAUCACUUUGUUGCUGUUGUUCCUGGUCAUUAGUCAAGGUGUGUUGUGGUGUGCACCCCGAGAAACAGCCACCGCCCUCAAAGGCUCAAACAUUUGGAAUAAUUAAGGGCUCCUUAUGUAACACAAUCAGAUGUAAACAACCAAUCUUAAACUGAAAUAAAAGAGAUUUAACAUUUCAGGUUGAAGACCUUUCAUCUGAACAGGGAAAAGUUGGAAAAACAAACUGGUUGGCAGUUGCAAAGAAGGGAGAGUUAAGCCCCUGUCCAACUUAGG